UCUCUCUCUCUCUCUCUCUCUCUCUCUCUCUCUCUCUCUCUCUCUCUCUCUCUCUCUCACUCUCUCUCUCUCUCUCACUCUCCCUCUUUCUCUCUCCCUUUCUCUCCAUGGACUCUUCCCUCUUGUAUCCCGAGGCUGCCACGCCGGACGGAGAGCACCGCACUCGCGCCGCCGCUUUCCACGGGACUCUCCCACCCCCACCCCUCCCGUCCGAGUCCCCCUCCCUCCCGCACUCGGACCGCGAGCAUGACGGAGGAAAGUCGGGGCAAGAGGAGGAAACAAGCCAACCCGAGGAGAAGUCAAGUGGACGCAGAGCAAGUGGGUUCAUUGGGGUCCGAGGGAGAGGAUGAGGUGGGCCUCUGGAGCCUGGAAGCCCAGGAGAACCUGGACAAGACGAGCCGGACUCCCAGCGAGGGCACGGAAGAGCCCGGCAGCCCCGCCCUCUCCGCGCAGCCCCAUAGCCUCAGUCCAGGGAGCGGCGGCGACAGCGGCAGGAAAUUCUGGGCCCAGGUGGAGCCGGAAUCCGAGGCCACAGACGACGGCGGCGGUGGCGGCGCCGGCGCCGGCAGCGGCGCCUCUGCCACCGAUAGGGAGGGGGAGCUGGGAUCACUGAGGAUGCGUUGUAGUAGCUCUGACUCGCACAUUGACUUGGAGGACCUCGCGCACUAUGAGUUCCUGGCCAAGCUCAGGAAGGCCUCGACCUCCGCCAGCAUUUUGGACCACUUUAGCCGCAACGGAAUGGCCGCCGUGCACUGUCUGCAGGGAGAUGGCGUCGGGACACACGAGGAGCUGCCGCCUGCCAUGUGGUCCCCGGGAGUUCAGCACCACUCUCCUGUGGGAGCAGACACAAGGAGGAGGCUGCAGGCCUGUCCUUUCUGCCACAAGACAUACCAGCACGGAGCCUCGUUGAGGGACCAUAUCAAAUACUGUCAGGAGAGGGACCGGGGCCACAUGGUGUGUCCAUUCUGUGGAUACACUGCCCCUCAUAGGGCGCAGUUGGAGCAACACUUGGCACUUCACCACCAAGUACAGGACAAGAGCCCCGUUCCUUUGGAUCCGAGCAUGGAGACGAGGAAGUUCAAAUGCCUGCAGUGUGGAAAGGCCUUCAAGUACAAACACCACCUCAAAGAGCACCUUCGCAUCCACAGUGGAGAAAAACCGUACGAGUGUGCCAACUGCAAGAAACGUUUCUCUCACUCGGGCUCUUACAGCUCCCACCUGAGCAGUAAAAAGUGUCUCGGCAGCGGCGGAACGCUUGCAAGUUCAGGAGGAACGAGUGCUAUGUUUAACGGACAUAACCAAAACUCCUACCAGCACUCCUUCCCAGCGUCUCCGUCCGUAGGAUGGGAGAGGAAUAGUAAGGGCUCUCCUUUGGCGUUGCAAGUCCAAGAAGGUAGUAGGCCUGUGGGCCAUGGACCUGACGAUCCUUCCCAGGUCUCAGGGCAGGAUUUCAGCUUCCACACUUCAGAGCUGGCUUCCCUUUGCAAACCCUCGGCAGAGCUUUCUUUGAGAGCCAGCAUCCUGAACGGGACCACCCUGCUGCCUUACCUCCAGUCCGGCUCCAAGUUUGAGCAAAUGCUGCAGGAGAUGCUCCAACGGGAAGUGAGGAAGUAUGAGGACCUCGAUAGGAACGGAGGUGGUUCUGACAGGAAGAUGUCACCGGAGCAGGGGGCUGCAAGAGAGGAGUCAGGAGAGCAGGAGAGAGGGGUUCUCGGUGUUACGUGUCGCUGGUGCUCGCAGGUGUUCCCCAACGUGGUGGUUCUCCUGCAGCACGAACGCUACCACUGUAAGAUAAACCGAGAAGCCAUGGAAAUGCCUGAGGGUCUUCAAAACAAAGACCACCACUCGCCAGCCUUAUUCCUAUCCAGGUCGCAGAUGAGCAAAACCAACGACAUCACCAACGGAGCCUCUAGAAAUGAAUCCCCGGUGCAGAAGUGGCCCUUGGUACCUCAGCAGCAUCUGGCCGCACUGCAUUCCACUCACGACCACUUAGACUCUUCCAGCCAGGAGAAGGCCAGCCCCAGCCACGCCUCUGAGUUGAUGUCCCCUCACACUGGAAGGAGACAUCUAUCCUUGGGAUCCCCUGUCGGCCUGGACCUCAGCGGCCAGUCCCCGGAACUAACCUCACCUCAGAAUCACUCUCAGAACGAGCCCCUGGACCUCUCCGUACGCAAGCCGAUGGCAGACCAAAGAAACGUCAACGGCAAAAGGGAGAGGACAAAAGACAGGAGCAAACAGCUGAGUCGACAGAGUCCAAACCAAUUUUCUGACCAAUCCUUACAUCCUCAUCCGAUCUACAGAGCUCCUGUGUUUCCUGGCUCCUUAUACAACGGAUUUCCCUUCUUCAGCCAGUCUGCUUUGGGGUUUGCACGGCAUGACGGCAUCGCGCCCCUUCCCUUUAGCCCGUCACCCAUCAACCCCGGAUUUCUCUCGCCCUUGGCUUACAUGGUGGAGACCGAGUCAGAGGCGACGUUGAAGAAGCUCCACCAGGAGAGACAAGUGCUCAUGGGUGAGGUGUUAAACCGUGGAGCUGUAGACUACCUCUCGAUGAUGGAUGAAGGCUUGGAGGGGGACGGCGGACCGGGACGCAAGAGGCUGAAGAAGACGGACGAGGGUCUGUACGCUUGUGAUAUCUGUGAAAAAACCUUCCAGAAAAGCAGCUCUCUGCUCAGACACAAAUAUGAACACACAGGCAAGCGCCCUUACGAAUGCAAAGUGUGUAACAAGGCUUUCAAGCACAAACACCACCUGAUCGAGCACAGCCGCCUCCAUUCGGGGGAGAAACCCUACCAAUGUGACAAGUGCGGCAAGCGCUUCUCGCACUCGGGCUCGUACUCACAGCAUAUGAACCACCGCUAUGCCUACUGCAGCAAGGACCAGGACCCUGACCAAGACCACGAUGACAUGCCCCGAGAGCCCGCCGCUCUGUCCGCGGAGGACACACAGACGCCUCAGUCCUUCCUCAGCGACGCCAGUCUGGACGGGGCCUCAGAGGCCCCGAAAGAGGACGAAGAAGAGCAGGAAGGAAAAGCUGAAGAAGAGCCGGUAAGCAGAGAAAGGCGGGAGAACGAGAGUUGCACUGGAGGAAACCGCUUCGAUGGGGUGGAGGUCUGGAAGUCCCACACCCAAGUCCAGAACGGAGACUUGGAUAAAUGUGAACUGAGCCUGGAUAUAACAGAUCUACCCCGGAUACAAACUUGAGAGAGUCCGAAAAGCCAAAGCAAAGCAUACUGUUCAUAUCUUUGAUAGAGGUUUCAUUAAUAUGCCAAAGAAACACAUGGCUAGAACAUGAACUCAUUUAAGUCCAACACGUGACCUACAACGUAUUGUAUCAAGCAUCCUAGACUUUUAUGUAUAGUCUUAUUUUAAUUGUAUGCUCAAGCUAAUUAAGACAGGUGUGAAAUUCCCGUGCUAGCAGUGCUAGCCACAAAAGCUUACAUUUGUUUGCCUUUGGAAUUCAUCUGUCGAAUUUCUAUAGCGCUUGUCCAUCUAAAUCACAGGUGAGCUGGUCCUGACCCCAACUGACUUUUGGCAAGAGAAUCCACUUAAUCACAAGACACAUCCAUUGAUCCAUUUUUUUUAUAUACAGCGGUAGACAGUGACUGGCCUGGUCCCUUGAAUAGUGCAAAUCUGCUUUUAGCACCUGUCAGCAAAUAUGUAUUCCUUGAUUUUGUUUGUUUUGUUUUGCCCUGAUUCUGAAUCUGCCCUAAUUGUGUCCUUAGCACAUCAGGUUUUUAUAAUAAUUCUACAUUAGCAUAUGAUCUUAUUCUUACAUUUAAAAAUAUUUAAAUAAUGGUAUAAUGGUCCAGCAACAAGUGGACUUUUUUAAUGAAUUGUCAUCGCUACAAAUUAUAACACGUGAUAAAGUGGACAUUACGUUAGCUUUUGUAGACCACACUAAGAAAUAUACAUAUAUUUUAAAAUAUGAUCUGCAAAAUGCAUUAAUGGAAACAUAAAGCAUCUCUGAUUCACAUUUGCUGUUGAUCAGUGUAAUUGAUACCUAUUGAAAUCCACAGGUGAGCAUUUUGCGAAAUUUUGCCGGUCCGUCACUCGUCAUCUUUCAGCAGCGUGGGGAACAGUCCGUCAUGUUCAGAACGUGAUUCCUUUCAUGCCAAACCGUCAGUCAGUCCAUCAGUUAAUCCGUCAGUUAGUUCGGCAGUCAAACAAAAAAAGCAAACAAACAAAAAGCCCAAAACCAAUAAAAAACAAACAUAGUCCACGGGAUUAAAAAUCCAACCUGAUUAAAAUGGAAAAUGAGUCCAUCACUUCAUUGACAUCAUACGGUCCUGCCCAAAGAGCUCUACGUCCAAAUACAUUUAACAUACACUUAUUAGUCAACAGGAGGACGCUGGUGGCUGGCUGUUUUAACGAGUAAAAACGGCAAAAACUUUUAAUUAAAUGUUUUUUAAUGGUUUACUCGAACCACAAUACAGCUCUGCAUUGUGGCCAAGGGCAAAAUGCACUCCAAGUAGUGCACUCCAAACCGAUUUCUACAAAUACUCCUAUUCGUCUUCUUUUGGUUCAUUGACGGAGUACAGCUGCAUACCACCACCCACUGUACAGGAAACGCAAAGCGUUUCCAUAUACAGUACUGUAUAAUCAAUGGAAGCAACCCUGCUCGUAUUCAAUUCAGCCCCACGAACACACACACAACACUGUCUUGAAUAUCAAUAUUUCACCAAAAUCUAACAGAAACCACAACCAUAAAUCUUUAUAUGCACAUGAAUACACCUACAUACAAUACUAGACUCAAACAAAGAUUGUAGAUUUGUAGCAAAGUGAAGUGAUGUCAUCCGGUUCCACCUCCUUAGUCAAUAACAGCCAGCCAUCAAAAUAGGUGUCUGUCAGUGACAAAGAAGGCCAUCAGUACAUAACCUGGUUUGUGACUAUUACUAAUAUUGAUGGGGGGAGUGGGGGUGCAUUUGCGUCAGUGCUUUAAGUUUGCAGUCUAUCAUCAUUAAAAUGGGCGUUCGUCAGUGACACAUUGACAUACCGUCCGUAUUGACCGGAUGUCCGCCUUUGUUGAAAUGCAAUAGAGAAAAAAUAAUUACAUGUGAGAGAGAGAGAGAGAAAGAAUUGCUCAUCCAUGGGGGUCAAACCGCAUGUAUACGGGGUCUACUGUAGCAUAUGUUCUCAUUAGGGACGCUGGUGACACGCUGAACUGGUUGCCUGUCAAUCACAGGACACAUCCAUCCAUCCAUUUUCUUUAAUGUGUGUUGUCAUUGAAGUUUAACUGUUAAACUGUAGCAUACCCAAGCUGACCUGUAGCACGAGAAUUGGGGUACAUCCUGGACUGGUUGCCAACUCAUCGCAGGGCACAUAUAGCAAGCAUUUCUUUGUUGCAUUUUGCGACAAGAAAACUGUAGUAAAAGCAAACAGAUCACUGUAAAAAUGUUGUUUUACCGAGUCAUGCGUGGCACCUUUUUUCACUUCCUCUUUUGCAAAAUGCUUUCGAGAUAAGUCACGUGACAUCACAAAAGACCAUCUUGUUUCCAGCAAGUUUCUGCUAUGCAACUGACUGACAUGUCUUUUCUGCCUUUAAAUGCCUUCACACACAAAGGGCACACUUAACGGUAUAUAUGUAACAAUCAGUAUUUUUGUAAUAUUUUUUGUGUGAAAUUUUUAUUAUUAUAUAUUUUCUGCAUGUUUGUGCAUAUUUGUAAUAAAUUGUACAUAUACUUUACAACCACAA